UUUAAUCCCAGCACUUUGGGAGGCCGACUCCUCUCAAGGCAUUUAUGAUCUGUAAAUACAAGUACUAACACCCUUGAAACUGGUGAAGCUCUAAAACAGUAAACGAAGUCACUAAGUGCUGAAUUGUAAGAGAUUUAGAGACUGGAGACAUUGUAGGAAUUUAAAAAAUAGCUGAAUGGGUAGAUGGGCAGGUUUUAGGAGAGAAGGACAUGCUAGGGCAGAUGACUGAAGCUUAAGUCGUAAGGAACAUAGACUAUCUGCAGGGAAAUGAGCCUGAUCUGAGUUGAGCAGAGGAGUACUGAGUAGGUAAUGUCACUGCAUGCUAUGGAUGGCUUGGAAAGACAAGCAGGAGAAUUUAGACUCAAUGUGAGUGGCCAUCCUUUCCACUCUCUGCUCCGGACAGGCCUGAGGAAGUCAGGAGAAUGUGGACCAUUGUGACAACACGGAAUGGAAAGCAAGCACAGGUCACUGAAAGGCAUUUUUAAAGGAGAAAUGGAUGAGAUUUGGUAUCUGAAGAGCCAUGGAUCAUGAGGGAAGGCUUCUAUUAUUCAACAGUUACGAACAAGGACUAUCAGAAGUUUGGGGCAUCACCUUCAGAUCCUGUGCAUUUUGAAGUGGAUACUUCUCAUGAAAAAUUAGAAAGCAUGUCAAAGUCAGAUACCGUGAAUGUCAGCAAUCUUUGUCAAGGCUUAACGCUCUCAGAUUCUCCCAUUUGUAUGGAAACCACCAGUACCACUUGUGACUUGCCUCAGAAUGAAAUAGAGAAUUUUGAAAGGGAAAAUGAGUAUAAAUCCACACUUUGUGAAGAUGCUUAUAGCACACUAGACAAUUUGUUAGGUGAUAACAACAUUGAAAAUUACUCAAAGAAUAUACUAAUUCAGCCAGUUGACACUAUCAGCAUAUCUUCCUUGAGACGAUUUGAAACUGUUUGCAAAUUCCCCUGGGUAGAAACAGUUGAUGAUGAAAUGACAGAGAAGCCAGAAUUUCAAAGUCAAGUAUAUAAUUAUGCAAAAGACAACUAUAUAAAACAAGACUCAUUUAAGGAAGAAAAUCCAGUGGAAACUAGUGUUUCUGCAAAUACAGACCAACUUGGUAACGAGUAUUUUAGACAGCCUCCUCCUAGAAGCCCACCUCUAAUCCAUUGCAGUGGAGAAACGCUGAAAGUUACAGAAAAGUCACUGGCUAAAAGUACUGCCAAGGAAUCUGCUCUCAGCCCCAGUCAACCUCCAAGCUUCUCAUAUAAGGAAAUCUGUAAGACUUCAGUUCCUUCAAAAGAAAUACAGAAUUAUGGGGAGAUUCCUGAGAUGUCAGUCAGUCACCAAAAGGAAGUCACAGCAGAGGGUAUGGAGAGGCCAGAAAUUGUCUCAACUUGGUCUCCAGAAAAUAUCUUCUGGAGGAGUAAAACAUCUCAGGAGAACUGCAAGAUGCCUGACAUGGAGCAAAGCAUUGACAGUUUACAACCUUUGGAAGAGGACAUGGCUUUAAAUGAAGUCUUGCAGAAAUUAAAACAUACUAACAGAAAGCAGGAAGUGCGAAUCCAAGAACUCCAGUAUAGUAAUGUAUAUUUAGAGAAGAGAGUUAAAGAACUACAGAUGAAGAUUACCAAACAACAAGUGUUCGUUGAUGUCAUCAAUAAGCUAAAGGAAAAUGUUGAAGAAUUAAUUGAAGACAAAUACAAAAUAAUGCUGGAGAAGAAUUAUAUGAAAAACACGUUGCAGAAUUUGCAAGAGAUUUUAGCUAAUACCCAAAAACGUCUUCAGGAAUCCAGGAAUGAGAAGGAAAUGUUACAGCUUCAAUUUAAGAAGAUCAAGGCUAAUUAUAUGCAUUUACAGGAAAGGUACAUGGCUGAAAUGCAACAAAAAAAUGAAUCUUCAAGUCAGUAUUUAGAGAUGGACAAAGCCUUAAGCAAGAAAGAAGAAGAGGUAGAGAGACUGCAACAACUCAAAGAAGAAAUAGAAAAGGCCACAGUUUCUGCUUUGAACUUGCUGAAACAGGAAAAAGAGACCCAAGAACAAGAGUUCUUGUCUUUACAGGAGGAAUUCCAGAACCGUGAAAAGGAGAACCUAGAAGAAAAACAGAAACUAAAAUUUAGACUUGAGAAAUUGCUCGCUCAAGUUAAAAAUUUGCAAUUUAUGUCUGAAAAUGAAAGAGCUAAGAACAUAAAAUUUCAGCAGCAAAUCAUUGAAGUUAAAAGUGAGAAUGCAAAACUUAAACAGCAGGUUGGAAGGAGUGAAGAGCAAAAUUGUGUCCCUAAAUAUGAGACAGCUCGGUUAAAAGAGCAAUUAGAGGAAGUCAUGAAGUCAGAUAUUACCAAGGAUACAAAAAUGACACAGUCUAACCUGCUCCCGGAUUGCUUACCUUGUGAAGAAAAGAGCCUGAAUCCUGACGAUAGCAAAAGAUCUUCUCAGCUGGACUCCGAAGUGCACAGACUUCUGGCUCUGAUGGUAAGACGUCUUACGUGCCAGGACGUCACCGACUCUGAUGCUGAACAUUUCGAAGAGAGUGAGAAAGUUAGUGAUAUAAUGCUGCGAAAACUGAAGAGUCUCCAUCUUAAAAAGAAAACUUUAGAUAAAGAGCUACUCAAACAUAAAGAUAGAAUCACAACCUUUAGAGAGUUAAUUGCUAAUGAAAAAUCAUUUCAAGAUCAUACUACUGAGGUCACAGACUGUGAUUCAGAUGAAGCCAAGAGUGUCCGAUAUGUAACUACCUUGCUGGGAGCCAAACUGGAUAAGUACCACAGUCUAAAUGAGGAGCUUGAUUUCCUGAUCACAAAAUUGAAACAUGUCCUAGAGUCAAAAGAAAGCCACUGCAACAGACUCAUUGAAGAAAAUGACAAAUAUCAAAGACAUUUAGGCAACUUGAUAAAUAAGGUUACAUCAUAUGAAGAAAUCAUUGAAUGUGCUGACCAAAGGCUCGCAAUAUCCCACGCCCAGAUUGUACAUUUGGAAGAGAGAAAUAAACAUUUAGAGGAUUUAAUUAGAAAGCCCAGAGAAAAAGCCAGAAAACCAAGAUCGAAAAGCCUAGAAAAUCAUCCAAACUGCAUGACUGUGGAUACAGACUGGGCAUGGUGGCUCAUGCUUGUAAUCCCAGCACUUUGGGAGCUGAGGCAGGUGGAUCACUUGAGUUCAGGAGUUCAAGACCAGCCUGGCCAACAUGGUGAAACCCUGUCUCUAUUAAAAAUACAGAAAAUUCGUGGAGUGCGGUGGUGUACGUCUGUAAUCCCAGUAACCUGGGCAGCUGAGGCAGGAGAAUAGCUUGAACCCAGGAGGCGGAAGUUGCAGUGAGUCAAGAUCUCACCACCACACUUCAGCCUGGGCUACAGUGAGACUCUGUCUCAAAAUAAUAAUAAUAAUAAGCACAUAUAUAUUUAUGAUACAGAGUAGUAUUUCCAUGCAUGUAUACAAUAUGUGAUGAUCAAAUCAGAAUGAUUAGCCAAUCUAUCACUCAGACAUUUAUCAGUUGUGUUGGGAGGAUUCAAAUUCCUCUCCUCUAGCUAUUUGAAAAUAUCCAAUAAACUAUUGUUAACUAUGGUCAUCCUGCAGUGCUAUAGAACACUGGGACUUACUCCUCCUAUCUAGCUGUAGUUUUGUAUCCAUUUACCAACUUCUCCCUGUUCUCCUCUCACUACCCUUCUCAGCCAGUAAUAACCACUGUUCUACUCCCUACCUCUCUAUGCAUGGUGCGUUAUUUCUGUGCCUUCCUGCUAUUGCCCAUGCAGCUUCUCCUACCUGGUAUGUUCUUCCCCGACGCCUCUUCUCUCAUUUACUCAGUUCCCACCUCACCAACAUCUGUCAGCUCAAGCUCUGCCUCCUAUCUGAAGCUUUUCCUGCCCUGGCUCCCAGAUGGGACUGACUUACUUCCUCCCAUGUGCCCACGCUGUACUCUUUGACAGAAUAGCACCUAUGACACAGCAUUACAGUUCUCUGUUUUCAUGUCCUUUCACUUGACUAGAACUCUUUGACUUCAGAAAUUGUCUCAUAUUCAUUUUGAUAUCCUCAAGUGCCUAUCUCAUAAAAGGUAUUGAAUAAGAAUGAAGGUUAGACUUGGGCCCAGGACCAAUGCUACACCUGCUGGAGUGAUCCCAAACAGCAGACACAGCUGCUGCCGCCUCUGUCCCAUUUUAGGCCAUGGAUAUGUUCAUAAAUGCCGUGGCCUAUUUGUAACAUAGCUUUGUGGACGAGGAGACACUCAAUAGGACAUGCCUCUAUAUGCUGCCAUUGAGACCCAGCUUUUCUCAUAGUCAAAUUAAGAAGGUAGCCUUAAUACUAUCACUUCUUAACUAUGCCAUGCUGGUAAAUCACUUUUGGAUUAUUCAGAUUCUUGCUUCUAUUACUUUUUCUACAUUCUGUCAGUUGCCAACCAAACUAAGGAAGAUGAAACUCGAUCCAUCUUGUUCCUCAUGAUGUUCCUUAGCGGGAAAAAGGUUGAAACGAACAAAAAUGUAGUGUUGGAGGCCAGCCAUGAUGCUCACGCCUGUAAUAUCAGCACUUCGGGAGGCCGAGGCAGGCAGAUCACUUAAGGUCAGGAGUUGGAGACUAGCCUGGGCAACAUGGCAAAACCCCAUCUCUAUCAAAAAUACAAUCCCAGCACUUUGGGAGGCAGAGGUGGGUGGAUCACUUGAGGUCAGGAGUUUGAGACCAGCCUGGCCAUCAUAGUGAAACCUUGUCUCUACCAAAAAUAUAAAAAUUAGCGGCCAGGCGUGGUGGCUCACGCCUGUAAUCCCAGCACUUUGGG